AUGGAUCUGCCUGUGGAUGAGUGGAAAUUGUACAUACUUAGGAAGUGGUCUUUGCUUCCAGCAUCCAUUAAAGUCACAAUUUCUACAGCAGAGACUUUGAGUGAUAUCUUCCUUUGCUGUUCUUCGCUUCUUCAACCAGAAGAUGAGAUGUUUUUAAAAAGACUUUCUAGAAGUUACUUGGUGGGAAAGGACCCCAAAGCUUCCUUGUUCUACAAAGAAGAAGGAAACAAAAAAUUUCAGGAGAAAGAUUAUAUGGGAGCCGCAUUGUUGUACUCUAAGGGAGUAGCACAUUCAAGCCCUACCACUGAGGAUAUCUCGCUUUGUUAUGCCAAUCGCUCUGCAGCCCUCUUCCACCUCGGUCAAUAUGAAACAUGUCUUAAAGACAUCAUCAGAGCACAGAAGCAUGGAUAUCCAGAAAGAUUGCAACCCAAGUUGAUGUUGCGUAAGGCGGAGUGUCUGGUGACCCUGGGGAGGCUACAGGAAGCAAGCCAAACCAUCAGUGAUCUUGAAAGUAUCUUCAGUGCCAAACCAGCACUAACAGCUUCCCACUUCCAGGUUUUGCAGAAAAACCUCCAUCAUCUGAAAGUAAAGAUACAAGAAAAGGAGACUCUCUCAGAAACCUUCCCAGCAGAUCUGACCAAAGCUUUUAAGGAUAUGGACCUCAAAGAAGAGAAUGAGCAAAUUCCCAAUGCAUCACCAUCCAUCAGCUUAUGUACAGACCCUUCAAAAGGCCGCUAUCUGGUUGCCACAAAAGAUAUUCUCCCAGGAGAGGUCCUAGUGAAGGAAAAUGCUUUUGUGAGUGUCCUUAACCCAGGAGCAAUACCACAGCUACACCAUGGCCUAGGGAGCAAAUGGAACACCAGAGUCACCAAUGGGGACCUCUACUGUCACCGAUGUUUGAAGCAUACUUUGGCCUUAGUUCCCUGUGAUCAGUGCAGCUAUGCCAAAUAUUGCAGCCAAAAGUGCAGGAAGCAGGCCUGGGAGCUGUACCAUGGUGCCGAGUGUCCUCACGGGGGGCUGCUGCUCACACUGGGUGUCUUCUGCCACAUUGCCCUGAGAGUGACUCUUCUAGCUAGGUUUGAAGAUGUUGGUAAAGUCAUAAGGAAGCUUUGUGGUGGGAUUAGUAGCGUGGACACUUGUUUACCUGAAGGUGAGAAUAUGCACUAUUCAUUCAACUAUGAUCUUGAGGAAAAUGAAGAAAAUGGUAGAAUAGUUGAGACCCUAAUUCCCGGAUGUGAUGUUAAUGGGAAAUAUGAAAAUAAUUACAAUGCUGUCUUGAACCUUUUGCCCCACACUGAAAAGCAUAACCCAGAGCACAAAUUCCUCUGUGCUCUAAGUGUUGCUGCGCUGUGCAGGCAGCUGGAAGCAGCCGGUUCACAGACCUUCACACCAGGUCUGCAGCCCUCUGUGCCGAAAGCAGCAGUGACGCCCGUGUUGUCUGCAGAGGUGAAUAUUUGGGGAGUAGCAAUGCUGAGACACAUGUUACAGCUACAGUGUAAUGCCCAGGCAAUCACUACCAUCCAACACACAGGAUCUAAAGAGAAUAUCGUCACCAACAGCAGGCAGGUACGUCUUGCCACAGGCAUCUUCCCUGUUGUCAGCCUCCUGAACCAUUCCUGCAGCCCCAACACCAGCGUGUCCUUUGUUAGCACUGUCGCCACCAUUCGGGCAUCACAACAGAUUGGAAAAGGGCAAGAGAUUCUCCACUGCUAUGGGCCUCACAAGAGCCGGAUGGGUGUCGCUGAAAGGCAACAGAAGCUGAGGUGUCAGUAUUUCUUUGAAUGCAGCUGUCCCACUUGUCAAAGUGAGGAGCCCAGAACCACUGCAGAGCGCAGGUGGGAAGCGUUCUGUUGUAACGGUUGCGGAGCCGUCAUGCAGGGAGACGAUGUGCUGAGCUGUGGCAACACAUCUUGUACGGAAUCAGUCAGCAGGGAUCACCUAGUCUCUCGGUUACGGGACCUUCAGCAGCAGGUUGGGAUGGCCCAGGAGCUUCUCAGAAAUGGUAAACUAGAGCAAGCCAUUCAGCUGUUGUUGGGAUGCCGGUAUGCUGCUGAGAGUUUCCUGUCAGCAGAACACUCCGUGGUAGGAGAAAUCGAGGACGACCUGGCCCAGGCUUAUGCCGCCUCAGGGGACUGGCAAAAGUCAGCUCUCCAUCUGCAGAGGAGUCUCCAAGUGGUUGAGGUGCGCUAUGGGCCAGCCAGUGUGGAAAUGGGCCAUGAGCUCUUCAAACUGGCCCAGAUCUCUUUCAACGGGUUUGCAGUACCCGAAGCACUGAACACAAUACAAAAGGCAGAAGCAGUUCUGUCAGUUCACUGUGGCCCUUGGAGUGAUGAGAUUCAGGAGCUACAAAAAAUGAAAUCCUGUUUAUUGGACUUGCCGCACAUCCCCAAGGGGCCUUCAGUCCCAGGGGACCUUGACGCACAGGAAAGGAGCCCGUGGAAGCCUAGUUGA